UAAAAAAAAUAAAAAGCAAUAACUGAGAGACAUGAGUGAUACAACAGGAGAUGAUGAUGAUGCAUUAGACAUACGAGAACGUAAUGAAUCGUUAUUGGAUAGUCCACGGGUAUCGGUGGGUUUAUCACCCGUACGCCAUAUGCCUGGUAUCAUGGAAUCACCCGCUGAUACUCUGGACGAUGAUGCAUACAAUGCAUGGAAUGAGAUGCUUGAAACGGAAGGUGCCAGUUUAGCUGGUCGUGUUCAUGAAUUAGAACGUAAAGUGCUUGAACAAGGUGAUGAAAUUGUAUGUUUAAGAGCCACGUUAGCAGAUGCAUUACGACGUUUAACAUUAUUAGAAAAUACAAAACCACAGACGCCAUUACAUCAAAGAAAUGGUACAACAUCAUCUGCUUCGACUGGUGCUCUUUCAUCAGGACAUCGACCACAAACAGCCUACGAUAAAGACUCGAAUCGCACACGACCAACAGUUGUAUAUCGCAACAAUCAAACAUUAGACGCUAAAGAUUCGUUAAAACGUGCAUCAAGUUAUGUUCCCUCAUCGUUACCACAACGUCGUGCCGUACAUUAUCAAUCGACUGGUUCCUUACAUUCCGAUAGUCCAAGUUCUAGCAGUGUUUCUCCAGUGCCAUCACCAUCACCACGAGCAACUCCAUUACCAAAACAAGGUGGUACACCACAACAGCGCGCUGUAGCAUCCGCAUCGAAUUUACAUCUUGCGAAAAGAUGGACAUCGGUUGGUGAUUUUAAUCAUGCACAAGGAAAUGGUUAUACAUCGUCAGUUAGUAGCAGUCCAGUACAAUCCAGAUUUUCCACAAAAUCGCUGCUAAACCUUUAUUCUAAACCUAGUCAGAGCCCGUCCAAUAUGAAACAUGGUACAAAAGAUGCAACAUGGAACGAAGAAGAAGGUACCGUUCGAAUGUUUUUACGAGGUCGUCCCAUAGUACUCCAUUCACCAUCCAGUGAAAUGGAUACUUAUGAUAUUACAAAAGUUGCUACUGCUCCAACUACCAAAUUAAAAUUGAGUUGGGUGUAUGGAUAUCGUGGAAGAGAUUGCCGAUCUAAUUUAUAUCUAUUGCCAACUGGUGAAAUUGUUUAUUUUGUUGCUGCUGUUGUUAUUCUGUAUAAUGUUGAGGAGCAAUGUCAACGUCAUUACAUUGGGCACACCGAUGAUGUUAAAAGUUUGGCGAUACACCCAAAUAAAUUAUUGGUUGCAUCUGGACAAUGUGCUGGUCAUGACAAAAGGGAGGCACGGCCGCAUAUUCGAAUUUGGAAUUCUGUUAGUUUAACAACAAUGUCAAUAAUUAUUGGUGAUUUCGAAAAAUCGAUUUGCUGUUUAUCGUUCAGUAAAGCUGAUGGUGGUGUUUUAUUAACUGCAAUUGAUGAAUCUCCCGAUCAUAAUAUUUCUGUAUGGGAUUGGCAAAAAGGUGAACAUGGUGUUAAAAUUACAGAAACUAAGUGUUCCGUCGAUACAGUUGUUGCUGCCGAAUUCCAUCCAUUAGAUCGUAAUGUAAUUAUAACAUGUGGUAAAUCUCAUAUUAGUUUUUGGACAUUAGACAAUGGUGGUACAUUAUACAAGCGUAUGGGUAUUUUUGAAAAUCGUGAUAAACCAAAAUAUGUGACAUGUGUUGCAUUCACUGAAAUGGGUGAUGUAAUUACCGGUGACUCGAAUGGAAAUAUAAUUGUAUGGGGACGUGGUACAAAUACUAUUACAAAAUUAAUUAAAAAUGUUCAUGAAGGUUCGAUAUUCUCAUUGUGUGUCACUAAAGAAGGUGCCAUUAUUUCUGGGGGUGGUAAAGAUGGAAGACUGAUACAAUUUGAUUCUAAUUUAAAUAGAACUGGUCAAGAAGCACAAAUUGAAUUACAUUUUGGCGGAAUACGUGUAAUUUCUGAGGGGCGUGGAUCUCAAUUAUUAAUUGGCACCACAAGAAACUGUAUAUUAACAGGUGCCAUUGGUCUUGGUUUCCAACCGGCGGUACUUGGACAUGCUGAUGAAUUAUGGGGCUUAGCAACACAUCCGUCGUUACCUCAGUUCGCCACAGCUGGUAUGGAUCGAUUACUUCAAAUGUGGGAUUCCAUGUCACAUAGUGUUGUUUGGAGUAAAGAUAUUGGGGAACAAGCACAAUCUGUAGCAUUUUCUGCAGAUGGUGGAGUAGUUUUGGUUGGUUGUAUUUCUGGUCGUUGGUUAGUUUUCGAUUCUCAAACACGAGAUUUACUUGGACAACAUACAGAUGGUGCUGAACCAAUACAAGUAAUGAGAUUCUCACCUGAUGGCAAAAUGUUAGCAAUUGGUUCACGUGAUAAUUAUAUUUAUAUAUAUCAAGUAUCAGAUGACGGAAGACGGUAUAAUCGUGUAGGCAGAUGUAUGGGUCAUUCCAGUUUUAUAACACAUCUAGAUUGGUCAGCAGACAGCCAAUAUCUUAGAAGUAAUUCCGGGGACUAUGAACUUUUAUAUUGGAAUGCUUCAACAUGCAGACAAAUUCCACAAAGUGCUACAAUGCGUGAUGUUCAAUGGACUACAAAUAAUUGUACAUUAACAUUCCAAACAAUUGGUAUUUGGCCAGAAGGUGCCGAUGGUACUGAUGUUAAUCAUUGUGAUAGAAGUAAUGAUCAAAAGUUAGUCGCAACGGCUGAUGAUUUUGGAAAAGUGAAAUUAUAUUCAUAUCCAGUUUCUCAACCACGAUCACUUUGUCAUUCGUAUGAUGGCCAUAGCAGUCAUGUAACAAAUGUAUCAUUUUUAUACGAUGAUACCCGUUUAAUAUCAACUGGUGGCAUGGACACCAGUGUCAUGCAAUGGACUGUGUAUAAAUAUUAAGGCUUUAUUAUUAAUAUUAUUUGUAACAAUUAUACAUAUUUAUAUAUCGUAAUAUAUAUAAUAAUUAUUAUUAUAUUGAAUUUAUCAAAUAUUUUUAUAAAAUAUUAUACUUUUUUUUUUUCAUAUUUAACUCUGAGAAAGCAGUGAUUUCAAAUUAAUUGAGAUACCGUGGCCCAUAACCUAUUACCGCAUUUUUAAUUAUAAACCAUUUUUCUUGUCUCAAACAAGUCUUUGAAACUCUGUUAAUGAUCAGUAAUUGAUAAUGACAAUAGGUUAUGGGCUACAUAAAAUUUGUAAUAAUGCAUUACAUAAUAUUAAGUUGGUAAUCGUUUUUCAUCAUUUCAAUAAUAAUU